AUGGUCCUGAGCCAGGUGGCCGUUCGAGACCGACAGGACGGCAGCAGCAAUGACGAAGCAAUCGACACGGGUAGCACAAGCAAUGGCGUUGAUUCUUCCGAGAACAACGAAGGCGCCUACCCCGCUGCUAAGAACGAAACCACUGGCAUUGUUGAUGCCAGCUGGACCGGCGAUGCCAGCGGCACGUUCGAUAAAGGAAGGUCAUUCGAAUCGAGCCCAGCACAUCCUGAGAAUCGGUCGCGGCAGCGGGAUGACCAGAUCUCGGAGCCCGACAACAGCGGCGGCCGGUCCCGCCAGUCCAGCGCCGCCAGCUCAUUCCAGGACUCGCAUCGGCGACUGGGCAAGAUCGAGGGGUUCCUGCUGUCCCAGGUCGAGCAUCAAGCUGCCGACCAGGUGUGGUCGGAAGUGCAAGCAUCCCAACACAAGCGCGACGAGGACGGCGAUGCCCUGUUUGCCGGGCAGGCCAGCGCCAAAGAAAGCUCCUCGCAGCGGGUGCGCAAGUGGCUUACGAUUGGCCUGGCGACCGUUGGCGGAGGUGUUGCUGUCGGGCUGACAGGAGGCCUGGCGGCACCACUACUGGGGGCUGGACUUGGAUCGCUGUUUGCGGGCAUGGGCAUCGGCGGUGCAGCCGCGAUUGCUACGGGCCUGGGAACGACGGCCGGUGCAGCAAUCGUCGGGACACUCUUUGGCGUCACUGGAGGCGGUGUUGCCGCCUACAAGUUUAAUCGGCGGCUCAAGGGCAUCGAAGAGUUCCGAUUCGUGUCGAUGGCGGCGCCGGAACGCAGCAUGCACGUCAUCAUUGCAAUCUCUGGAUGGCUCAACACCAUGGACGAUGCUCACGAGCCGUGGGCGAUGCUGCCGAGCUACUGUCCCCUAUCCGAGAUCGACUGUCUGGUCUACGACUCGAAGCACAUGCUUGCGCUCGGCGGGGCGUUCUCGAGCUUCCUGACGACAGGCGCCGUGACGGUCGCGGCAACCGAGAUCCUGAAGCAAACUGUCCUGGCAACGCUGGUGUCAGCCAUCAUCUGGCCCGUGGGCUUGCUGCAGUGGAGCUACGUGAUUGACAACCCGUGGUCGGUUGGGCUGGACCGAUCGAUCAAGGCCGGCCGACUGCUGGCAACCGAGGUACUGCUGCAGAACAUCCACGGCAAACGACCGGUGACGCUCGUAGGCUGGGGCCUGGGUGCUCGCGUCAUCUACCAGUGCCUGCUGGAGCUGGCUGCAGAAGGAGCAGCUGGCCAACGCGACGUCUGGGGCAUUGUCGACAGCGUCUAUCUGUUUGGGACGCCCAUAUACGUGAUCCCGGAGGAGCUGCAGCGAUGCGUAUCGGUGGUGGCCGGCCGGUUUGUGAACGGAUACAGCAGCCGCGACUGGUUCCUGCGGUUUCUGUUCCGGUCGAUUGCGCCGACGGCCCGAUACCACUACGGCGUCCUUGGUCUGAAUCCGAUCGGGCUCGAUGGCGUUGGGCCGGUCGACCUCAUUGGCGAGGGCAACCGGUUCCGGAUGGGGCGGAUCGAGAACUACGAGCUCGGGGAUCUCGUUGGCGGUGACCACAUCCAGUACAAGGACCACAUGAACGAAAUCCUGGACCGGGUGGGGUUCGAGCGCGGGACGAACGAAAAGGAAGGCGGAGUGAUGGUGGUGUGA